CUCUACCCUAACAAGAGACUGUAUUGCGUCUAAUGAGGCCGGAGGUGAGGUCGCUGGUGGCGAGGUUGGCGUGAUCCGUUUCUAUUUUCUAUCCUUACAUGACCCACGAUCCAUCCAUCGAGUUCAGACAAACACCAUCGGUAAAAUUAUCACGCAAGCAAACGAAAUGCACUCAAAAUCAGCACUACCGCAAUCUGCUCACCCGAUCGGCAGCAGCCUGAAUAGAACGCGCAAUACGUUACGUCUCGUCUCCGCCAAGACUCCAUAAUCUAUAAAAGAAUUUCGUUGCCUAGUAUCCUAGGCGCAUUUAAGGGCACCAUAUCAACCUCCUUACUCCUCCAACGCAAAGAACACAACAAGCUCUCAACUCUACCACAAACAAUCUCCCAGACCCUCCAAGCAACCAAAAUGUCCACCCUCCCGCCAGGCUAUUCCCUCCACCCCGUCACCACCCCCGACCUCCCCACCAUCUCCGCCCUGCUCGCGGCCUCCAAGCUCCCCCUGGCUAUCAAUCGCUUCCUGUACAAGGACUGGCCGAAUGAAGCGGUGCAGCUGGCGCACUGCGCCAAGGUGGUUGAGGCAGCACACCAGGCCGCGGAGAGCGAGCGGCUGAAGGUCGUUGAUGACGCGACUGGGGAGAUUGUGGGGCGCCUCGUUAUGACGCGCAAGACUGGGAAAGGGGAAGUGGGGGAAGGGGAGGGGGAGGCAGCAACGAAGAAGGGGGAGGUGCCGGAGUAUAUGGUCCCGGAGGUGCAUGAGCGUGUUGUGCGUGCGGCGAGGGAGCUUGAGGCGGGGAUAGAGGGAAGGGGGGUGGACUAUUUGGGCUUUGUAGAGUUGACGCAUAGCUAUGUCAAGCCGUCUCAUAGGGGACGAGGGAUAUGGUCGAGCUUGAUAAAGCUGUUGCUUGAGAGGGGAAAGCAGGCGGGAGUUCCUGUGUAUGUGUGCUCGGAGCCGCAGAUGAGGCGGGGUUUUCUGGGGUUGGGGUUUAGAGAGACGGGGUUCGUGGAUAUUGACUUGAGGGAGUUUGCGGAGGAGAAUUGUGGCUGGGGUGUGUUUAGGCUUACGGGGAUGGUGAGUGAG